UUCGCGCGAAAUGUUCUCGCUGUGUCUCGCCCGCUGACUAUUUGUAUCUUCGUUUGAAACUGACUGUCAGUUAAAGCAGAUAUAACGCGCAGAUCAUCUCAAAGGUGUCUUUUUAUUUACCGAACUCGUAGAAGAGACAGGGAGGAAACAAGAUGAAAUAUUUCACCAGACCGAGGGUCAGACGAGAGUACAAGUGGCGUGGACAGCCUCUCGGUUUCAAUAGGAAGCUAAAAACCUACGAUUACGGCUCCUUGGCCAUCAGUGUGGAGGGUCUCCCAAGGACUACCAUCAUUAUUCCUGGGCAACACAUUCUCAUAGAGGGGGACGAUGAAGACAACCCAUAUGUGGCUAAAGUCGUCAGGCUAUUUGGUGAUGAGAGCGGGAAGAUGAAGGCACUCGUUCAGUGGUUCGUACGGGUGUCUGAAGUGCCUUUGAGCAAACUGAAGCUGCUUGGCAGGGAGCCUCAUCCACAGGAGGUUUUCUACUAUCAGGGUCGCAGCUGUGACGACGAGGUCAACGUCGAGUCUAUCCUCCAACCUGUGCAGGUGAAACACCUGGAUGCCGCUGCUCCGUUCCCCAACUCUGAUGACAAAGACACUUUGUACGUCAAGCUGUCCUGGGACUCCAAGGCCUUCAGGGUGGUGGCUGAACCUGCUUCAGCUUCCUCCCUUGUUCCCCAUGCAACACCCUCCCUCCCCCCCUCACCCCCCUGCUCCCCACUUACAGCCACCCCUGCCUCCAGAGGCUCUUCUCGACGGGCCCUGCCCACUCCAGACCCUGCUGUCAUGUGCAGAGCGUCACUGGGGGAGGUGAGUUACAGCAUGGCCACCAUGAGUACAGGUAAAGCCAGUGCUGUGGAGUCACUUCACUCGGCCACCAAACUGUCUGCUUCAAAAUGCCUCAGUGCCAAGAGGAGGAACUCGGCGGCCAGGAUGCCUGGAGUCCGCAAGAAACUGGAGCUCAACAGUCCAGAAAAGAAGUCGAUGAUAGAUGAGGACGUCAAAAGCCAGCUUCUGGAUGAGGAGCGGGAUUCAAAGGUGAUGCUGGAUCACAGGCUUUCAUCGUCUCCCCCUCAGCCUCGCCCCCUCACCCACAGGCUCACGCCCAUUAACAAGGCCCACAGAAGCCUCGCCGCUCAGGGCACCAUCCACCUGAAGCCUUCUGCCAUCGUUGUUGACAAGCUGUCCCCCUCGAAGAUGAACAGACCUUCGUUAUCUGCCAGGGACAGUUCCACCAGAGUUACCACCCCUGCCCAAAGGAAAGAGCCAAAAUCGAUGAAGGACCCACCCCUGGGUGUGCUAGCUGAGGACGACUGUGAAAGUUCCCCAGUGGUAGCUGCUGCACUACGGAGCUCUCAGAGGAAGUCGGCUCUGCUUGUGUCGUCGCGCAUUAGGAAACAACUGAAUCUUCUGGACAACCAGCAGGACUUGAACUCAGAUGGAGAAGAUGAGGAUGAGUUUGUUCCAUCCAAGAGGGAGUUAAAGAGCAGCAGCGAGGAGGAUGAAGAUGAUGGAGAAGAAGAGGGGCUAGAUAGUGAUGAAGAGAUAUUUGUGAAAAAGGGCAGACACACUCCAGCUCUGUCUCGCACUCCUCGCUCAAAGCAGAAGACCCACUCUAUGAUCAGAAGGCCACGAAAGACUCCCAGCAAGAAGAUCAUACCUGGCACGCCACAAACCGCUCGUCAUGCCACGCCCACCAUCCCCAGCAGGUCAUUGCCGGCCCGACAGCCUGCUAAUGUCCUGGAAGAGGCCAGAGCCAGACUGCAUGUGUCCUCGGUGCCAGAGUCUCUGCCAUGCAGGGAGCAGGAAUUUCAGGACAUCUACAGCUUUGUGGAGAGCAAGAUCAUUGAUGGCACGGGAGGUUGCAUGUAUAUCUCAGGUGUGCCUGGAACAGGAAAGACUGCCACAGUCCAUGAGGUGAUGCGCUGUCUGCAGCACGCAGCAGAUGUGGACGAGAUCCCAACUUUCCACUUCAUUGAGAUCAACGGGAUGAAGAUGACGGACCCUCACCAAGCCUACGUUCAGAUCCUGCAGAAUCUGACAGGUCAGAAAGCCACAGCUGACCACGCAGCAGCACUGCUGGAGAAGAGAUUCACCAACCCAGCACCCAGGAAGGAGACCACCGUACUCCUGGUGGACGAAUUAGACCUAUUGUGGACAAGGAAGCAGAAUGUGAUGUACAAUCUCUUCAACUGGCCAACGCAACGCCACGCCCGCCUGGUGGUGCUGACUAUCGCCAACACCAUGGAUCUGCCAGAAAGGAUCAUGAUCAACAGAGUGGCGAGCAGACUGGGCUUGACCAGGAUGUCAUUCCAACCGUACAGCUUCAAGCAGCUGCAGCAGAUCAUCAUGUCCAGGCUGAACAAGGUGAAAGCCUUUGAGGAGGAUGCCCUGCAGCUGGUGUCCAGAAAGGUGGCUGCUCUGUCAGGUGAUGCUCGGAGAUGUUUGGACAUCUGUCGCCGGGCAACAGAGAUCUGUGAGCACUCAGCCACCAAUCCUUCUGCCACAGGAUUGGUAGGAAUGAAUCAUGUGAUGGACGCACUGAAUGAGAUGUUUUCCUCUGCCUACAUCACUGCCAUCAAGUGUGCGUCGAUGCAGGAGCAGCUCUUCCUCAGGGCCGUCAUCGCAGAGUUUCGGCGACUGGGAUUGGAAGAGGCCACUUUCCAACAGGUUUUUGUGCAGCACCAGGCUCUGUGUCGGGUGGAGGGUCUACAGCCCAUCAGUGUGUCGGAGGGCCUGGCAGUGUGUCAGCGUCUAGGAGCCUGCAGGUUGCUGCUGCUGGAGCCCAGCCGCCUGGGAGUCCUGCAGCGCAUCCGCCUCAAUGUUAGCCAGGACGAUGUCCUCUUUGCCCUGAAGGCCGACUAAAGGAGAAACCUCUUCUCUUGACAAAGUAAACUAUAUGAGAAAAUGUGUGUACAAAUCAACAGCUUUGUUUUACGACAAAGGUGGAAGUCGCUGGUUUGGCUACUGGAUCUUGAUCUGUGGUGCACACUAAAAUCAACUGGAUGGAGUUUUCAAGCCUUACAUUACUGCCUGUGUUGAAAACUUCAACUACUGAGACAGAAAUCACACUCUUCUGUUAUUCAACAGAAUAUUUUAACACAAACUAAUUUUACACCACAUUUCUCCAUAAAUCAGGCUGUUGUCUUGUUUUAGAUGUUUUUAUGGGCGACUCUGUAAUAUCCCCAAUUUUAUUUGAAAUGUGAGGUUUUGCUCCUCUGUCAGGGGUUGUUUUAGUUUUGUGUUAUUUUUAUGUUACAGGACUUGAAUAUGCAAUAAAAGUCAAUCUCUAAUAUUAA